AUGGGGUUCGUGUCGAGCGUGCUGGUGGGGUUGGUGAUCGGCGUGGUCAUCAUGUACGCCUGGAACUACUUCAUGGCCGUCCGCCAGGCCAAGAGGAACGCCGUGAAGAGCGAUCUGAUGGCGGUGCAGGGAAUCGGGUUGAACGAGCUUAAAGCCAUCUGCGGGCCGCUCUGCCCCACUUGGGUCAAGUUCACCGAAUACGAUGAUGCGGAUUGGGUCACGCGGAUGCUAGCGGAGCUAUGGCCGCACAUCAACAAGGCGACGAGUGAGGUGGUGCGCGAGACCAUGGAGCCGAUACUAGAGGCGAACCGCCCGUCCAUCGUCUCGUCCAUGACCUUCCACAAGUUCGAGCUGGGCAAGGACCACGAGAAGGCUCCGCAUGUGGAAGGCAUCAAGCUGCACAAGACGGGCGCGGAGGAGGACCAGGUGAUAAUGGACCUGCUCAUCUACUGGCAGAGCGACGCCUCCAUCGUUCUCAACAUCAAGACGGCUGCUGUCAAGCUGCAAGUGCAGGUGAAGAACCUGGUGUUCCGGGCCACGCUACGCCUCAUCUUCCAGCUGGGCGAGCAGAUGCCCUGCAUCGAUGCUGUCGUCGCCUCGCUGCUGCGCAAGCCGCGGCCGAAGGUGGAUUUUGUGCUCAAGGCGGUGGGGGGGUCGCUUUCGGCCAUUCCAGGGCUGGAGAAGCAGAUCGACAACACGGUGGCAUCAGUGCUGGAGUCAAACAUAUUGUGGCCCGAGCGCAUUGUGGUGAAGCUCAACCCGGCCUUCGAUGAGAAGCUGCUGGAGAUGAAGUAUGAGGGGGAGCUGGUGGUGACGGUGGUGCGGGCAGAGGGAGUGAAGAACGUGGACACGCUGGGCAAGUCCGACCCCUACACCACCAUCUGGCUCAACCCCAAGCACAUGGCCAAGACGGGCGUGUGUAAGAACAACCUCAACCCGGUGUGGAACGAGAUGUUCCUGCUGCCCGUCGAUGACCCGCACACAGCCGAGCUCACCAUUAAGGUGGAGGACGAUGACGUGAUGCAAGACUCGGAUCUGGGGUGGGCGUUGUUCCCCCUGGCGGACCUGAUGGACAAGAGCGGCCCCUACCAGGUCACCCUCGACCUGCUGCCGCGCCUGCAUGACGACAAGCUGUUGGGCCAGGACCACAAGCUCGGACGCAUCACGCUGCUGCUGGCGUAUCGUGAGUACUCAGACGAGGAGAGGGACAGCGCGACCGCAGCAGAGAAGGCACGUGGGGCGCGCAUAAAGGACCACAGCGUGCCGGCCGACCAGGCCUCUGCCGCCAUGGCUGCCGCUGCUGCCGACUCCGAGCGCCGCGUGCGCGAGGCGGCUGAGCGCGCCCUCAUGACCCCCAAAACCCCGCGAGCAUCCAUGGCCCGGCGUGCGUCUGAGGUGGGGCAGAAGUCUACCAAGGGCGCGGAGCAGUCCCAAAGGAGCAGCUCUGAUGCGGCCGAAGAUGCGCUGCCUGUCUCCGUUGCCCCUGGCGCCCCUGCUGCUGACGCAGCUGCCACUGCUGCUGAUACCGCCCCUGCUGCUGCUGCUGCUGCUGCUGCUGCAGCAGCAGCAGCAGCAGCAGCACCACCAGCGGCCCGUGCUGGCCCAAGUCUGGCUCGGUCCAUGGGUGACUUGAAGCACCGGGAUAGGGAGGGCUCUCUGCAUGUGUCGUCAGACCCAGCAGACUCAGCUGCAGCAGCAGACGCGGAAGGGGAGGCUCCCCUGUCCCCUGCGCUGUCGCCGGGGCCUGAUGGGAAGCCCAAGAGGAGGAGUGGGGCCAUGGGGUUCAUGAGCAAGGUGGGGCAGAUCGGCAGGAAUGUGAAGUCGGGCCUUGAGGGCGGCCUGUCUCCCAAGGAGCACUGA